GCUCUUCCGGCGCGACGCGAGCUCCGCGGAGUCCAAUGGGAGCGCUGCGUCGGGGCUGCGCACGCGCGGUGCAGACUCGCCCGGAAGUCAGGGUCUCGGUGCUGAGCGCGAACCUGAGAAGAUGAACCCUUUAACUAAAGUGAAGCUGAUCAACGAGCUGAAUGAGCGUGAGGUCCAGCUUGGGGUGGCAGAUAAGGUGUCCUGGCACUCCGAGUACAAAGACAGCGCCUGGAUCUUCCUGGGAGGGCUUCCUUAUGAACUGACUGAAGGGGACAUCAUCUGUGUGUUCUCACAAUAUGGGGAGAUUGUUAACAUUAAUCUGGUGCGGGACAAGAAGACUGGGAAAUCCAAAGGAUUCUGUUUCCUUUGCUAUGAAGACCAGAGGAGCACAAUUCUGGCUGUUGACAAUUUUAAUGGGAUCAAGAUCAAAGGAAGAACUAUUCGAGUGGAUCAUGUGUCCAACUAUCGAGCUCCCAAGGACUCUGAAGAAAUAGAUGAUGUGUCCAAAGAACUCCAGGAGAGGGGCUGUGGGGCUCACACCCCCUCAGUGAGUUCAUCUGAAGGUUCUGAAGAUGACAAGCCCACAAAAAAACACAAAAAAGACAAAAAGGAAAAAAAGAGAAGAAAGAAAGACAAAGAGAAGCCUGACCGGGAGGUACAGGCGGAGCAGCCAGCCCCCUCUUCGCCACCCAGAAACAAGAUGGUAAAGGAAAAGGACGACCAUGGCUCUAAAAAGCAUAGCAACAAGAACUCAGAGUGGGGUCAGAAGUCCGAGCCCAGGGAGGUGCGGAAGCACCAGCCCAGCUCUCCCGAGGUCAGGGCGACCUGCCGCGGUGGAGCAGGGGACAGAGAGAGGGAGCCGAAGAAGGAGAAGCCGAAGCAUGAACAUAGGUCCUCAACCAGAGAAGAAAAGAACAGAGAUAGAGACCGGGGCCGAAGCUCAGACACACACUCCAGCCGGCCCAAUGGGCGUUCUGAGGGGCGUAGUCAGCGAAGUAGAAGUAGGAGCCGAGAGAGGUCCCACAGGCCGAAGAGGGCCCGGCACUCGUGGGACCAGGAGUCCUCUAACCCCGGUGACCGCAGACACCACUGAAGCUGCGGCCUCUCUCUCUUCCUGGUAGAACUGGAACUGGAAAUGAACUUGGUCUUUAAAAUGCAAUCGUACUCAAUUAUGCUUUUACUGUUACUCUAAGUAAAAUAUCUGAGGCCGAAUUCUUCCAAUCCCUUGAGUAUUAGAGUCAUUGAGAGCUGUAGUUUUAACAGCCUCAUAGGCCUGGAUUUUUGAGCGAAAUCCAUUGUUCCUGGGAAUAUGCUCAGUACUUACCAGAGGAGGUAUUCUAAAUUUGGUUUCAUAAAUGUGGUCCUUGAAUUUACGACCCCAGUGUAUGAUGAAAUUGCCAGGAAAGGGGAAAUAGCAGGCAAUUCUAGAAUUCUAGUCUUUGUGCUAGAGGUGUAGGUGACCUUUCCAGUUGGCAGGUACAGCCGUGCGUAGAGAAGGGUGGUUUAACUAGGUCUAGACAGCUCGAUGUGAAUGGGAUAGUAAUUCUCAAUGCCAGGCCGCUCCCUCUGCACCCCACCCUCUUUUUAAAAAAUUUUUUAAAUGUCUCUUUUUUAACAUCCACGCACCUCCUUGCUAUUUAUUUAUUUAUUUAUUUAUUUUUAUUGAGGUGAAAUUCACAUAACAAAAUUAACCAUUUUGAAGGGAACAAUUCAGUGGCAUUUGGUACAUUCAUAGUGUGCCAAACUACCGCUCCUGUGUAGUUCGAAAACAUUUCCAUCACCCCAGAAUGAAACCCUGUGCCUAUGAAGCAGUUACUCUCCAUUCCCUCCUCCUCGUCCCUGUCGACUACCAGUCUGCUUUCCAUUUCUGUGGAACUACCUAUUCUGGACAUUUUAUAUAAGUGGAAUCAUACAACAUGUGGCCCUUUUGUGUCUGGGCCAUACUUGGUAUGUUGUUGAGCUUCAUCCGUGUUGUAGCAUGGACCAGCACUUUGUUCCUUUUUAUUUUUAAGAUUUUUAAAAAUUUAUUUUUUCAGAGCGAGAGAGCACAAGCAGGGGGAGCGGCAGGCAGAGGGAGAAGCAGGCUCCCCGCUGAGCAAGGAGCCCGAUGUGGGACUCCAUCCCAGGACCCUGGGAUCAUGACGUGAGCCGAAGGCAGACGCUUCACCAACUGAGCCACCCAGGCGUCCCAGGACUUCGUUCCUUUUUAUGGCUGAAUAAUAUCCCAUUGUAUGGAUAGACCACAUUUUGUUUGUCCAUUCCUCAGUGGAUGGACAUGUGGGUUGUUUCUACCUUUUGGCUAGCCAGCUCCCUUUCCGAGUUUCAGACCUACCAGGCUACUUGUGGGCUGAGUUUCCUUUUCAAGUAGCUGUUAUUGCUGAGAUGGGAAUACUUUGUCAGCUUCAUUGCAUAUCUCUCUGGUCUCCUUGGCAGUUUUUUCUCAUUUGGAGAAUCUUGUCCUUUUAUUUUAUCAAUCAGUCCCUUAUGAGUUAGGUAGGAAUUAAUUCACAGGACCUUAAUACUGCUGCUGAAUCACUAAAAUUGAACUUCUGACCCUGCAAAACAAAGGAAUAGAGCUUUAAUAGUGAGCACAUUUAAUUAGUUUACCUGGUAUGUUAGUUUGGGUCCAAGAUUAGAUGUGCGAGAGAUUUUUUUUUUUUUUUUUUUUUUAAGGGGAAAAUGCCCAUGAAAGAAAGUGGGAAAGGAGGUUGGAGGAGUCUGGGAAAGCAGUCAGACUCUGAUAGAGGUCUAACCUCUGGAGAAGAGGGAAGGCAAGAAGGAAGGUUGGGUAGGAAAAGUCUCACACUGCUGUGGAGUUCUGAGAAUGGGUCAGCCAGACCAAUGAUGCGGUGAGUCCUUGAGGUAGAGCACCUGUCACGAGGAGUCCCGCGAGAUCAGCCUUGGGAAGCGGGAGUCCUUGCUCUUGGGCCUUUGUCAGUCGUGUGGCUCUGUGUUCAUGUGUCCUUUGUGCCAGUUGUGUGGUGGCCGCUGACCAAAGGCCCGUGCGCCUGGCUUAGCCACUGUGUCUGCUUGCCAGUUCAGUGCCUCUUCCAUGGUGGAUGCUCUGAUGGUUGUUAGCAUGGGAUACAGAACUAGUCACACUUUGCUCCUCCCAUGUGUCAGUCCACAGUCUUCACACCAGCUCUCCUUGUCUCUGAUCUUCCGCCCUGGUCCUUCCAGUCCCCCAACGAGACGGCCAGGCCAUUGGCCACUGCCCAGGAGUCUGCAUAUCCGAUAAAUAUUCUCAUGUUCGGCCGCUUCUUUUACACCAAGUCAGGUGCACUGCUUGAGGUCCUGUCCAUUAGAAAAGUUUUCCUUCUGCACCCCUGAAUAUGGCUGUAAUGCAGAUAUCAUUCAUCUUCACUUUGUACCCACAUACUGAGCUGACCCACCUAUAAACCAAGCUCAAGCUGUUUUCUCCCUCUCCUGGUCACACAGGAACCCCCAUUUGGCUAUAGGUGCAAAGAUAUAGGGGCUACCAUUCUCUGUGUCUUUUAGGGUCUUAAUAGUUGCACUGAUCUACUCUGUCUCCCCUGAGAUGUAAUAUUGUUUUGAUUUAUCUAUCAAUUAGGGUUUUACCAGGAAAACAACCAGUAGGAUAUAUGUAUCCUGCUGUAAGCCAAUUCCUGAUGAGAAAGCCUACAGGCAUACCUCAUUUUAUUGUGCUUUGCUUAAUUGUGCUUCACAGAUGACUGUUGUGGUUAUUUUUAUACAAAUUAAGGGUUUGUGGCAACCCUGUGUCGAACAAGUCUUGGUGUCAUUUUUCCAACAGCAUUUUCUCACUUCGUUUCUCUGUCAGAUUUUGGUAAUCACAUUUCAAACUUUUUCAUUAUGAUUACAUUUGUUAUGGUGAUCUGUGAUCAGUGGUUAUGAUUCAUUGAAAGCCCAGAUGAUGGUUAGUAAUUUUUAGCAAUAAAGUAUUUUUAAAUUAAGGUAUGCACAUUUUUUUUUACACAUAAUGUUAUUACACACUUAAUAGACUACAGUGUAAACAUCAGUUUUAUAUGCACUGGGAAAUGAAAAGAUACAAGUGACUUGUUUUAUUGUGGUCUGGAACUGAACCCCCAGUAGCUCUGAGGUAGGUGUGUGUGUGUGUGUGUAGGGCAAGGAAUUGAAUUAUGCAGUUGUAGGGACUGAUUAGGCCAGUCUGAAAUUUGUAGGGCAGGCUGGCAGGCUGGAAACACUUGGACAGGAGCUGAAACUGUCGUCCACAGGCAGAAUUUCUUCAGGGAACUGCUAUUAAGUUCUUCAACUGAUUGCACAAGGCCCACCCUGAUUAUCAAGGAUAAUCUCCUUUACUUAAAAUCAACCAAUGGUAGAUGUUAAUCACAACUAUGAAAUACUUUCAUAGCAAAACCUAGAUUGAUGUUUGAUUGACUAAUUGAGUACUUAGCCUGAGCCAAGUUGACACAGAAAAGUAACCAUCUCCAUUUAUUGUUGUGUCUGGGGGAGGGGAUCAGUUUCAGAGGUUCCCACUUGACUUUCCUCACCGUGACAGCUCUUGCCCUACUGGCCCAGGGCCCCCGUGGGCAUUACUCUCAAGCACCACCUCAAUCCCAGUUACACCCCUGAGGAGUAGGAAAUGACCACUAGGUAGGUCUGCCGGCCCCCUGUGAGUCUUGUUUCAGGCCAGGACUUCAGUGAUUACUCAACCCUGAAGCCCCCAGUCUAACUGGGCCGUGGUCAUGCUUCAGGUCUCUAGGUAUCAAUGUCAACUUUGAUCUUGAGCCCAGUAUUCCUCAAAUGUCCGACUAUGUACACUGUGUAUAUACACUGAAGUUAGUGGCUAUAGGUCCCGUUAGGGGAAGUACUGGGGGGGGGGGAUAUUCGUCAUUGUCCUUCCUUCUAGGGACCCAGCUACCUCUUCGAGGUCAGAAAACAGCUGAAGUCUGGAAAUGGAGCAAGGAAUUAGAGGACUUUUUAUUGGGAAAGCUCCCUCACACCCCUGCGCCUCCACUGUUGUCUUUUUCAGCUUGUAGAUCUCAAUACCCUUGCUGGCUGUCCAUCUGUAUUAUUCCUAGGGACACUUAGUCCAUUUGCCAUCUCUGCAACUCCUUGAGGGUAAAGCUUCCUUGGCUGCCCCUCAGGCCUUGUGGUUUGUUUUGGUAUUUGUGGCCUCCUGGCUUCUGGUGGGUAGCACCUCCACCUGGUUUCUCUUACUCUGGGCCCCAGCUCUGUGAUGGUCUCUUACCGCCAUCCCUGGCCUACAGAGGAGGUCACCUCUGAAUGUAGUGAUGCUGGUGCCCCUUUUACCACAGCCUUCCUGAUGACCUUGGUAAAUGAGGUGUCCUCUGCUUCCCGCUGAGCCCCCCCACCCCGCACCGUGGAACACUACCCUCUCACGGGGGUUUUUACCUCGUGCAAUUUAUCCACUGCAUCAUGUGUGCUUCCUUCUGCCUUUUCAUUCUUUCUUUUGCCAUUGGUCAGGGCAGCUCAGGCAUUUCUACUUUGCUCAGUGGUAGCCAUCACUUUCUCCAGGCCUCUAAGAACCACUUAGUAGAGACUUUGUAUCCCCUGUGGGUCCUUGCCAGGGGAUUAAAUCUCUAUUUUGAGAAUGUGCUCCUGAGUCUCUGAUUUUUGCUUUUCUGCCCCUCUUGAUAUAGCACCCUUGAAAUCCAACCCCAGUGCUUCCGUGGCUCCUGUCAGUACCCAUCAGCUAAUUCUUGCAGCUCUUUGGUGUAUACUUUCUUCUCUUAAUUAGGCCAGGUUAUGCUGGAAUUUAAUCCUAGUUAUCAGCUUAGUAACCAGGAGAGGGGCCAGGCACAACUUCUUGGAGGGGGACGCGAGUGGCUUUGUCGGGGGAACAGGCUCUGCAGCAUCUUCCAGCACAAAGGAAAUGCUAGCUGUUAGGAGGGAAGAGUGGUCCCCUCUGCAAACUGAAGCCUGGGUGGGGGUGUCCGUAGAGCCAACACCCUGAGGAGUGUCUGGCCAGAUGCUCCCACUCCAUGUCUCAGGGUCCCAGGAUUUCCCAACCACAUGGAAUCAUGUGGCCCUGACUGGCACAAAGCAGACACGCCACAUGUUAAAUAUUGAGUAUUUGAUCUCCUUUGAGUUCGGCCGCUCCAUUAUGUUCUCCCUUGGUCUGCUCCUUCACUGCAGGAGAAAGGGGCUUUGUGAGCUCCGGCAGAAGCCCUCUGGCCCUCACGCUUGGUCUUUAGCUCCUUAUUAACUGUCUUCCAUUUCCGUUCCCCGGCUGCAGGGCGUCCAGUACAAUUUCACAGUGUCCAGCCAUCUCCACCGUCUCUCUAGGUGUUAUUCUUCUCGUGUAUUUCGAAGAUCUGAGUCACCACAUCUGCCAGGCCAUUCUCCCAGUGUUCCCAGGUUAUCUCCAGAGAAAUCCUGAGCAGUUGGACUGCCGUCCUGUGCCUGGGACCAUCUGUCCCCCUUUGAAGACAUAAUUUGCCGUCCUGUGCCUGGGACCAUCUGUCCCCCUCAGGACCGUGUCCAUUCUGUCCAGCAGGCAAUGCCUGAUGUCAGAGGAGUCAAGGAGAGCUGCCGGACAGACUAGGUGCAGGUGUAAAUCCUGUGGAGGAGAGCAGGAAGGGCGGAGCGGUGGGUAGGGAAGACCUUGGACUGUGCGGUGCAGUUCUAAGAACAUCUGGCAAAGCAAAUGCGUCUGUUGGGAGAGGCAGUCCACUGUGGGUCGUGAGCAUCCUUGCACGUUCUUGGUGAGGGUUUUUAAAGCCAGGCUUAUUGGUCUCCAAAUACUGAGCCAUUUCUGUAGGGCAAGGUGAGCACAGUGUGACUCCCGUUUAACUGCUUGCUUCCCAGGGGAGGGACACUGGUUUGUUUGCUCAUUGCUCAAAAAGUCCCAGGCCCUCGAGCCCGGGUUCCUCAGCUGCCAUGCAACCCACUGCAUGGGUGGCAUCCGCCUGAGCCCAUUACAUUGUCCUGUGGGACUUGGGACAGGGGGACCGGCACAACUACGCCAGUACUCCUGCUGCUGCUGUUUGCUGUGCUGUCAUACGCCGUCUUGUUCUAAGCCAGUAAGUCUCACUGUCUACCUCCUGCCCCUGUGACGUGGUGACAGGUCUAGUCCUUGCUGUCCUUUGUGAGGCUGGACUUCUUCCCCGGUAGCAUCUCUGACUCCCAAGUCGCCUGUGAAGGGAACCCCGCGUCUCACAGGAAUGGCCUGUCUCAGUGUCCCUGCCACAUUCGGGCACUGACGGAAGCUUGGCCUUCGUGGAAACGCAGGGAUAACGGAUUGCCGCGGCCGCAGCCGGAGCCGCUCGUCACCCGCGCCCCCUGCAGUCAGAAAUCUGAGAGGCGCACGUACACGCUGCAGCAAGCCAAGCCUGACACAAGCAGGCAGCAACGGGUUUUAGCGGAUCGCUGGGAACAGUGAAUGUUUCCUUGUUCCUUUAAUGGAUUCACUUCACAGAGGACAGUUGGAAUUCAUUGGUGGGCAAAUUCCCAGUGAUCUCAAGGCUAAACAGCCACGUUGAAUGAAGUGCUCUUUAAGGACGUUUUUCGGUUCUUGCCGUAUCAGCUUUUCUUUCAUGGUGGCCUAAUUAACACCCUAGUCUGUCUGUCUGUCCCUUUUUGCUUCCUCUAACCUACUGGGGCAUGUACCUAAUAAGUAUCUAUCUCAGCGGUUUGUGGACUCAUUGAAUCCGAAAUUGGAGAUAAUCCUUAUCUGGUACAGGACAUCCCUCCUGUAAACAUGUUUUGAAGCUCUUUGAAAGGAAUAACCUGGUCAUCAUCUAAGUGGGAUUCUAGUGAAGUGUAAAAUGCUCUUCCCUGUGCUGUUAGGACCAAAGAAUAAAGUUAAAUGUUUCCUGAUGUCUUUUA